UUGGAGUUUGACCUUUGAUCUAGCACAAAGACCAUAAGGGGAAUUGCUCACUGACAGGACACAGAGAUUCUCCAGUUGUGCUCCUUGUUUUACCCUAAGAACUUUUUGUGACAGCUAUUUGACAAUAUUCAGAUGACCAAUGGAACCUUACUUGGAUUCGACUUGUGAGAACAUUGACCUGUUGGAUUUGCUGUUUGAUAAAAAUGACGGGAUCCUCCGCCACGAGAGGAUAGAUCGCAGCUCCCAGCCCUGGCCCUCGGUGGAGCCUAUUUCUGAACAGCAAUUGAUGCAACCACAGUCCAACGAGGACUUCCUGAGUGCUCUCUUGAGCGGGGUUGACCCCCCCUCCUCCACCUCGGGAUCACCCCAGUGGUCCCCCUCUCGCAGCGACAGUGGCAUCAGUGACGACCUCGUCUCGGAUCACAUGGACAGCCCCAUGGCCCCCCACAGCCCCCCCGUCGACAGCCAGUUCAUCUACCCCUCACCGCAGGCUAGCAACACCCUGGACCACACAGAGGCAGAGCUGCCCAUUGACAUGAAUGGCUGGGAGGCCGGCAUGCUGCAGGUCAGGCCAGAGGAGAUGCUCUACAGGCCCCUGGAGCAGAGGAGCCAGCUGCCCUCUGCUUUCCCCCUGACCGUCAAGGAUCUGCUCCUCUCCUCCACCAAGACUGACACUCUCCCACAGGCCUCCCAACACUCCGUCCAAGAUCUGAUCCUGAAUGAGGAUGAGAGAAAACUGCUGGCCAAGGAGGGGAUGGUGCUACCUACCCAGCUGCCCCUCACCAAGUAUGAGGAGAAAAUUCUGAAGAAAAUCAGGAGGAAGAUUCGCAACAAGCAGUCUGCCCAGGAGAGCAGGAAGAAGAAAAAGGAAUAUAUCGACGGGCUGGAAAGCAGAAUGGCAGCUUGCUCAGCGCAGAACCAGGAGCUGCAGAGGAAGGUCUUUCGGCUGGAGAAGUGCAACAUGUCUCUGAUGGAGCAGCUCAGGAGACUGCAGGCCAUGGUUAUGAAUGGAUCUAAUAAAACGGCACAGACAGGCACAUGUGUGCUGGUGCUCCUUCUCUCGUUCUCUCUCAUCUUGUUCCCCAGCCUGAAGCCGUUCUCUGACAGCAAGGUCAGGAUGGAGGGAGACUUCAGUCCAGUUAGGGUUCAGUCAAGGUCCUUGCACAACAUCGAUUCGUCGCGCGUGGUCCACGCGUACAACCGACACUACCCCAUGCCAGAGGAUCCCACGGCCAUGGAGGCCCUCGCUCGGAACAAACAGCUGGACGAGGUGCGGUCCUUUCUUGAGAAGUUCACCCUGGGCGAGAGGCUGGCCGCCGCCGACGACUUUGUGGACGCCAUCCCUCGCAACGGAAGUCUCCAUGGCCACCACCACCUCCAUCACCCCUAUCACCACCAGCACGGCGACCCCAUUACCGGUCACACCACCACCGUGACCUUGAGGCCUGGGAGAAAGGUGCGCCCACAUGCCGAUGACAUGUGAGGAGGUCACAUGGAGAAGGUCCGACCUACUGCAGCUUAAUGCGCUUCAUGUGGAGAGAAUCACGACGAGGACGAUGGAGAGAGAGCGGGAUGGACGGAGAAAUGGAAA